CAUCUAUUCGUCUUCUUAACUCAGCCCUAACUUUCUCGGUAAUAAACAAAACAAUCACUGGUUUUUAGAGAGAGAAAAAGGGCAACAGAGAGAUAGAGAGAUUUUUGGAGAAUGCCUUCUUCUAUUCAACUUCAUCGAAUCAAUCCUAGCAGCAAUCCAGGCGGUGGCGUCGCCUCAACGAUUAUGAACUGUCACAGAAGCGCGGUGGCGGUGGAGCGGGAGAAAAGGAGCAGCAGCAUCUCACUGACGGACGCGGCGCCGAUGCCGGUGCCAGAUGCGGUUGCGCGGCAUCACGCGCACGACGUCGGACCGGAACAGUGCUGUUCCGCUGUGAUCCAGAUUAUCGACGCUCCGGUCUCGACGGUGUGGUCCGUGGUGAGGCGGUUCGAUAAUCCGCAGGCGUACAAGCACUUUCUCAAAAGCUGUCAUGUGAUUGACGGCGACGGUACUGUCGGCACUCUCCGGCAGGUCCAGGUCAUCUCCGGCCUUCCCGCCGCCUCGAGCACCGAGCGCCUCGAGAUUCUCGACGACGAGAGGCACGUGUUUAGUUUUCGCGUCGUAGGCGGGGACCACCGCCUGCGAAACUACCGAUCCGUUACCUCACUGCACGCGAUUCCAUCGACAUCGUCAUCAAGUGCAAACGGAUCGAGAUCGUCGACGGUUGUGGUAGAAUCUUAUGCAGUUGAUGUACCGCAAGGCAAUACUAAAGAAGAAACGUGCGUGUUCGUUGAUACGAUCGUACGGUGCAACCUUCAAUCCCUUGCACAAAUCGCUGAAAACAUGGCCAAAACUUCCUAAAUUAAUUUCCAUCCAUUUCUUCAUCUUUCCUUCUCCUUUUUUUUUUUUUUUUUUUUUUGUGUGAUACAGGUGUGGAAGUGGAUUUACUCGCACUGUUGAUCAUUUAACACAUAGAAUCAUGAUUUGCAUCCUUUUUCCUCUCUAUUUUUCUUCAUAUUUUAGGUGUUUUUUUUUUCCUUCUGAAACCAAUCUCAGCAGAUUGUGCGCGAUGGUUUGAUGAAGGAGAUUCGUUCACCCGAUCGAAAUUGGCAUCAUACUACUUUUUCUUGUUCUCCAAUUGUUGUAUGUAUAAAUCUGUUCCUCCUUAUUUCGUUCGUUUAUCUAUGUAUAGAGAGAGAAUUCUCUCUCUUUCUUCUGAAGUUGGCUUGAAUCCGAUCCGCGGCCAGUUUUGAUUGUCAACUGUUCUUGUUCGUCUUGUAGAUGUUCCUGUUUGUUAAUUAAAUAGUGUAAUUAAUUUACUCGUUUGGUACGUAAAUCCUUUCUAUUUUCCUCA